UGCGUCCACGUUAGAUGGUUCCUGGUCGGAGGUUUUUUAAUGUAACACCGGAGCGAAUUUUCAUGUUUGUUCACAGUCAAUAGUGGUGGUUAGUAGUAUAAUUAUUAUCUAUAGUAUAAAUAAGGCACCGUUACGCUAUGCCUUACGCGAACCAACCGACUGUUCGCAUUACUGAGCUUUCUGAUGAAAACGUGAAGUUCAUCAUAGAAAGUACGGAUUUGGCGAUUGCAAAUUCCAUCCGCAGAGUAUUUAUUGGAGAGGUAGCAACUGUAGCCAUUGAUUGGGUACAGAUUGAUGCAAACUCCUCUGUUCUUCAUGACGAAUUCAUUGCUCAUCGAGUUGGUUUGAUUCCGCUAACAAGUGACGACAUUGUGGACAAACUGCAAUAUUCCAGGGACUGUACAUGUGAUGAGUUCUGCCCAGAAUGUUCAAUAGAGUUCAACCUGGAUGUGAAGUGCAAUGAAGAUCAAACACGCCAUGUCACAUCUCGUGAUCUAAUCUCCAAUAAUCCAAGAGUUAUCCCGGUAACUUCUCGUAGCAGAGACAAUGACCCAAAUGACUAUAUUGAACAAGAUGAUAUUCUUAUUGUAAAGCUGCGGAAAGGUCAGGAACUCAGACUUCGAGCAUAUGCUAAAAAGGGGUUUGGAAAAGAACAUGCGAAGUGGAACCCCACAACUGGCGUUUGCUUUGAGUACGAUCCUGAUAAUGCGCUACGGCAUACAGUCUACCCAAAGCCUGAAGAAUGGCCUAAGAGUGAAUACACAGAGAUUGAUGAAGAUGAGGUACAGGCUCCCUAUGAUCCAAAUGGAAAACCUGAAAGAUUCUAUUACAACGUUGAGUCCUGUGGUUCCCUCCGUCCUGAGACAAUUGUGAUGUCGGGACUGUCUGUGUUGAAGAAGAAGCUAAGUGACUUGCAGACUCAACUGAGUCAUGAGAUCCAGAGUGAUGUGCUGACAAUCAAUUAAGUGUGACACCCUGUGACCAUAAUUGGUACAGAAAUGAACUAUGACAUGAACAUUAACGUUAACGUGGAAGAACUUGCACAUUUGCGAAGAGUAGUUACUCUUGCUAUAAGUGUUACAGGACUACAGAUGGAAAGACUUCAAACAUUUGUGCAGACUUUGGGGUUCUAAACACAUUUGCUAGUUCUUGCAUUCUUAGCCUUUGAGUACCUGUCAGAAUGUUGACUUGCUAACAGGCUGUUUUUGUGGUGUAGUAAAAUAAAUAACUUUUUUGCAUUCACCUAUUUUAAGUACUGCUCCCUGUAAUUGCUGCCUUGUCAAGAGAUUAAGCAUAUUUUAACUUUAAAAAGUACAACUUAAAGUAUGAUGCAGCAGCUGACCAGAGAUCUCUUACUGACCUGAAAAUGAGUUUACUUGGCUUAAUAGAGCCUUCUAUUGUAUCAGUACUCAACAGUUUUGUAAAAAGAGCAGACCUUCACUGUAUGCUGCAGGAGGUCUUUCUCUGGAGUGGCUUCCAUAUCCUUACUAAAUGUUUUUGUUAAGAGCAGAACUCCUCUGUGUGGCAACAAAUAUUUUUCUGGAUUGACAUCUGUUGGUCUCAAGCUAAUAGGUUGUAAAAGUGUGUUAUUAGCAGAGGCCGUCUUUAGUCGUGAUUUGACUUCUGUUUGGCCUCAUGCUUGUGGGUUGUAAAAGAAUGCUAAUGGCAGAGUCGAUCUUUAUGCUUUGUGCUUCAAGCACUUAAUUUUAUUUCACAAGUAGUCUGGUGUUCACUAAAGUUUCCAGGUAAAGUAUUGGUGCCUUUUAUUCAGCUGCUGGUUUUGUUUUUCCUCGAGUUUGUAUUAUGUGUAGUUGAGAAACUUUUCUAAUAUGCAGUAUUUUCUGACUUAUUUUGGAGGGUAGCUGAGUCAUAUUGUUAUGCUUCCUUAGUAGGUUAAUUGUCCAGCAAAGACCUCUGUUUGGUAAGUCAUGACCCUUCCAGGAGCCCAUGAGGCACGUUUGCUUUUUGGUAUCUGAUUAACAGCAGUCAGUACCUUUCUGUUUUUUCUAGAUUGACAUUUGGCUUUUGUUAUGCAAAAAGCUUUGCUCUGUCCUGCUUUUGAUGUUGGUGAAGCCUUUGUUGGCCAGCUGACACUGUUCCUAGGUGUGUGUAACAGGAAGAUUGCCAAAAUGUAGUGCAAAACAAAAUAAAUAUUAAAUUAUAAAUUACUUUUAAUUUAAA